AUGGACCCUGAUGUUGUCGAAAUUCCUCCUCCAAUUUUCAAACACACUCCUAGGUUCAAAAAACACAAACAGUCCAUUUUCCACGAUGUGAUUGACAUUGUCGAUGAUAGUGAGAAUGACGGUGAUGAUUUGAUGAUACUCGGUGAAGUAACUCGUAAACGUAGCAAGGGGAAGACACCUGAGGCCCUUCAUGAGGGUUAUGGCGAUAAUCAUCUAGUUGCGCGUGGCGUGGAAAAAAGUGGAACAGUUAGUGGAAUUGGGUCUUCUAAUCGUCAACCUUCGGUAUCACAUAAUGUAAUCGAUGUAGACGAGUAUGCCUUAUUACAGGCACAAUUUGAUAAUGCUAAGCAGGGAGCGGGCAGUAGUAGCAGUUCAUUCCAUUCAAAUUUUGUUGGACAUGACGGAUCAUUGUAUUCUUCUGGAGUAGAAUCAGGAUACAUUUGGUCAAAUAGUUCUUAUAACUUCAAUGCCACUCCUAUGCAUGUGCAUGGUUCCACUAGUGCUCUCGAAUCUGGAAGAGAUGUACACAAUGGAGCAGCUGCUGUUCUCCCACAAUUUACAAUAAUUGAUAAAGCUGAAAAUGAAACUCUGAGGAAACUUCGAAGUUUUAAGCAAUUUGAUACUGUCGUUGACACUUCGGAUCAUCACUUUAUUAAUCAUAAUUCCUCCACAAAGCAGAAUCCAAAGAGUUGGGCUAAAAAAAUCCAGGAAGAGUGGAAGAUUUUGGAGAAGCAUUUGCCGGAUACAAUUUUUGUGAGAGUCUACGAAUCAAGGAUGGAUCUCAUGAGGGCUGUGAUUAUUGGAGCAGAAGGGACUCCUUACCACGACGGUCUUUUCUUUUUUGAUAUUUUAUUUCCCAGUGGCUAUCCUAAUGUACCCCCGAAAGUCCAUUACCACUCUGGAGGUCUUCGGAUCAACCCGAAUUUGUAUAACUGUGGCAAAGUAUGUCUCAGUCUACUUAACACCUGGGCUGGCAGUACGAAAGAGAAAUGGACUAAAGGUGUUUCAACAAUGCUACAAGUUCUAGUCUCCAUACAAGGGCUAAUCUUGAACACAAUGCCUUUCUUCAACGAACCUGGAUAUGAAGCCUCGAGGGGUACACCAAAGGGUGAAAUGCAGGCUCGGCAGUAUAACGAAAAUACAUUCAUUCUGUCGUUGAGGACAAUGAUGUAUACGAUAAGAAAGCCUCCAAAGAAUUUUGAAGAUUUAGUUGUCGGGCAUUUCUACAGCCGAGCGCAUGAUAUUCUGGCAUCAUGCAAAGCAUACAUGGAAGGUGUUCAAGUUGGUUGUUCGGUCAAAGGUGGGGUUCAAGACAUUGAUGGGAGUAAAGGAAAAAUAUGCUUACCUAUAUUUAAGUCUGGUUUAGUUGGAUGUGUGCCUUCUCUUAUCAAAGAGUUCGAAAAUGUUGGAGUUAAGGACUGUGAGUUCGGAAAUGUUGGAGUUAAGGACUGUGAGAAGCUCACGUCUCGGGUACGACGCAGUACCACCAGCAGAAAGUGA